AUGAUGGAAGACUUCAGAAAUAUUGCCGAUGAGACAUUUCCAAGCUUCUUGGGCCAUUCGUUGAGUAGCAAUGCAAGCGUUGUUUUUGAAAAUGUUACUCUUUCCUCAAACCCUGGCUUACCUGUUGCGGCUUCAACUGUUGCCAGGAGUAAAAUGAUCUGUGACAACAGGCUUUCUGAUACCUGCGCAUCCUAUUUAGAAGGGAAGCAUUCACCUCUGUCAGGAUCUUCUCACAGUAGUCAGUCAGAUCCUGAGCCAAUGGGGAGACUUCCUCUCAGCUUUUGUGGUGACAUGGAAGUUGCUACACAAGUUAAAGAACCUCAGGCACCUUCUGUUAGUUUGAAAGAAUCCCACUCAGCAUACGGAGAGCAAGCUCAGAAUGUCAUUGAGCAUUCAAGUCGCAGUCAAGAUACCUUGCAUGAGGUAUUGCGACUUGAACGAUUGGAAGAUUUGUCAACCGGAAUACGUCUUCUUCCAGACAGUAAGAAUAACAAGGCUGAUCCAUCUGAACCUUCUGAAAAGCUGAUAGAAGGUGAAAUCUUAAGUGAUGAUCUUAGCAAUAGCCUUUCAAGUUUCUUGGAAAAUGAGAAACUCUCAUCUCUUGCAAGCUCAGAAGAUUCCACUGAUGAUGAUAUCGAUGAUGAAGAGUUCUUUGAUAACCAACUGGAAGCCUAUUUUGAGCAGCUGAUACAACCAGAAAUGAUAAGAGGAGACACCAACAUACAGAACCUCUCAGAAUGCUGCGCCGCGCUGAAGCUUUCCGAAAAUGGCUUAUUUCCAGAGAACUUUCAGGUUCCUGACGCUUACCAGGCUGUGACAGGAGUAGACUCAGGAAAUGUUAGUGAUGAAGAUUCACAAAAUCAAGGGAUAACUGGAUGUUCUGUUCAAAGAGAAAUGCUGCCCAGAACAGUACAGCAGCUGAAUUCCAUGACUACUGGAGAUGUGAUAGAUUCCACUGCUGCUGAGUUGCAAUUAGAUUCAUUAUAUCUUCAGUGCAUGGACAGUCAUAAAGCUGAUGUAUCGGAUGUACUUCCAAAGCAAGAAAUACAGUCCUCUGAGUGUCAGGAUGCUUCUUCUGAUGCAGAAGUACUACACACAGCAGGAGGAUUUUUGGGGCACUACGCAACUUCUGAAGUUCUUAGUGCAAAUGGUCCUCAAACAGAUGCAACCGAAUGUGAAGUCGCUCUUGCUGAUGCUUACCUGUCUCCGACUGCAGACAGCUCUGAAAACAUAAGUUCAGCUACAACAGACAAAGGUGAUUUACCACACAGUGUUGUCUAUCAAAAUGAAGAGGGCAAAUGGGUGACUGAUCUUGCGUAUUAUACUUCAUUUGAUGAAGAACAAGAUUUAAAUCUGUCUGAAGAUAAAAUAAAUGAGGAGUUCGUUACUGGAUCUGAAGCAGCAGCUAUGAUUGCACAAGAUCAGGAAGAGUUUGAAAAAGAACACAGACUUGUGCAGGCAGGAAAAGUAGACAGUCUAAAUGCAUCGGAAUUAGCAGAUACUUCAUGGAAAUCUGCCAAUAGCUGCCUUCUGCUGAGAACAUCUGAUCUUGAUAAAGAUGCCAGUUAUUUACGUUUGUCUUUGGGGGAGUUCUUUGGUCAGAGAUCUGAAGCUCUUGGUUGUCUUGGUGGAGGCAGUGAUGUGAAACGGCCAUCUUUUGGUUACUAUAUUACAUCUCCAAAGAAGCGGCAACCUAUUGCUUUGCUAAGGCAAUCUGAUUCAUCAGGAGUUGACACCCGCCAAGAGAUUUCACAAUUGUCUGAGGUAUUUCCAGAUGACACAGAAGCACAAGUGAGAGAACAUGCAAAUUCUACCAGCUGUGAAGGUGCAUGGCAUAGGAUGGAUACUUCAGCUGGAAUACAUAAAAGCCUUAAUGUAGAAGCUGCCUCCAAAAGUAAAGCAAAGGAUGUAAUUCAUAAAGACAAGUUUGAAGACGGCUUAUCUAAUCAUUCUGACUCUGUCCUGAGUAUUAGCACAAUUGCCUCUGCUAUUGCUAAUGCUUCCUCCAGUGCUGAUCCUUCCCAGCUAGCUGCUAUGAUGAUGGCACUCUCUAAUAAAAGAACAUGUUUCCUUCCUGGAAUUGAUAAAGAGGUGGAACUCUCUGCUAAUCAGGUACUAUCCAGCAAUGUGGAAAAUAGUGCAUUUGAUAUGGAAAAAUACCUCAAAAAAACAGAUGAGCUUGGACAUGAAAGUGACUAUGAGAGUAUUGUGAAACAUGAAGCAUCUGUCCAGAACCUUUUGCCUGAAUCCUUUUUACUGGGUAAAAAUAAAAAUAAAAAUAAGGAUACUUUUGCAGAAGACUUGAUAAAUAAUCAUAGCAAGCAGCAGAAAAUAGAGAAGCAGUUUCUGGAUUAUUUUAAUGAAGAAAAUGAUAUUCAGAAUUUCUCUAGUCUGUCUGGUGCUCUCAACCAUGAAGAUGCAACUGCAAAUGUUAAAUAUUCAGAAAAGUUGUCAGAUUUAGUAAAUAGUAAACAUUUAGAGUCAGCGAAUGCUGGUCUUAGAUCAGAUAUGCAUAAUACCCAAACCUCACCUACUGGAAAAGAAGCACAGAUGUGUGGAAUUCCUCUAGCAGCAAAAAUGGAAGUGACACAGAGAAGUCCGCUUGCUUACCAGACCAAUGUUCUCACUAGUAGAUGCUGUAUCAAGGAAGACACAGAAACAGUAGAUCAAGCAACAAAUGCUGUUCUUGAACCACAUAAUGAUUUGGUGGAAAGAAGUACAGGAAACACCCUGUCACUCAGCAACUUAAAACCUGCCAAGCAAUCUAGUGAACACAUCUCAGUAUGUCCUACAAAAGCAAAGCCUGUGCAGAAAUUGAACAUUGAAAAGAAGCAAAAUGCAAAAGCAGAGAAGAGAGACAAAGAUGCAAGUACUGCUUGUGAUGGGAAUGCAAAACACGUAACUUUUGAGAACCUCUCCCCAACUUCCCAGAAUAGUACUGAGCAUAAACCCAUUCUACCUGAAUGUGACUUGCAACCUCUAGAGGAUGAGCAGUAUAGCUUCAGACCUUCAACUUCACCACUAAUCCACUCUUCUCCUAGUGAGACUUCUGGAACAGCAUUUUCAGGGUCUGAAAUUGACUUUACUUGCCCAUCACGUUAUCAGGAAUCUUCUUGCAAGGAGAGUGUGCUACCUCAGUCGGUUUACUCAAGUCCUAGCAUGAGCAGAUUAACAUAUGUCUCUGCAUCUGACAGCACCCUUAAGAACACAGCUGUAAUACAUAAUCCAGAGACAUACUGGAGUGAAAAUGCUUGUGAACUGAGCACAACAAUAAUUCGAGCCAGCCCAACUCCUUUGCAGGAACAUACAAAUGAAAAUCUAGAAGACCACUCAUGUCAAAGAAAUAGAAAAGAAACUCUGCUUAGUAUUGACCAAAAAACAGAAGAAAAUGAACUUGCAGGUCUUAAAAGAAAGCUCGAUGAUGUACUGGGUCAAGAACUCUCCAAAGAAGGUUUUCCAAAGAAUGAAAAGCAGCUUGCAUCUAUUCCUUCAAAUGUAGCAGCAAAUGAUAAAGAGCUAGACCAUGUUAAAUCAGCUUUACCAAGUAAAUUCUGCGUCUUUCAGCCGCUUUCUGGUAAUGUUGAUGCACAAGAAGUGUGGCAGGAUCAAAUAAGCAAAGCACAGAGACAAGGAUUACCAUCCUUGAAUGCGUUACCCAUGUAUCCUGGAUUGAGUGCUUAUAUGCCAUUCAAUCAAAACUCAUCUGGUGAACAAUAUGUUCCUAUUUCAAGCUUUAAAUCUCAUGUCACUACCUCUGAGAGUCAAGCAAUUUCUUCUUCUGUUCCCACGUUGCUUACAGGACGUUCUCUUGCAACGACUCCGUUUGCACAACAGCAUCUGGGAAAUAUACCAUCUACUGGAAAUACAGUUUUGUCUCAGUUUCAUGGCUGCAACUCUGCGGGUUUUGGUCUUCCAGCAGGGCUUCCUUCUUCUGGUAUCCCAGCAGGACAUGUUGAGAAUCCACUUAUGGUGGGAAUUCCUUUAGGUCCAAAUAUUGGUCCUGGCUCUUUGGGUGCAGCUUCACUUUAUAAUCCACAUUCUACUUCCUGGAACAAGAAUAUCUUAAAUGUAAAAUCAUGUACUGGACAACCUCUUGGAGCUGGUAGAAACGAGUGGGAAUUGCCAAAGUCACCUGGUAUUG